AUGAGCCACCAGCUUCUCGACUGCAACCCAGCAGCCCUGCUCCUCCUCCGCUACCCCUCCAAAGCGGCCCUACAGCACGCCGUUGCCCUCGGCUGCUCCUCUCCUCCUCUCUUUCCAGGAGAUCCGAUAGUGGUAUACAGCAUGAGCCACCAGCUUCUCGACUGCAAUCCAGCAUCCCUGCUACUCCUCCGCUACCCCUCCAAAGCGGCGCUCCGGCACGCCGUUGCCCUGGGGUGCUCCUCCCCUCCUCUCUCCCCCGAAUUCCAGCCGGAUGGAGAGAGGUCUGAGGAGAAAGCAGCGAGGGUGGGGCGGGAGGUGGCGGAGAGGGGUGAGGUGGUGGUGCCGUGGACUUACAGGAAGCGAGACGGGGAGCUGCUGCCCCUUCGGAUCCACUACCAGCUCAUGCGAGUAGGCGGGAACAAUGUGUUUGUGGGCACUUGGCACGACCUGACAGAGACGCUGAGGCAGGAGGAGCAGCAGCUAGCUAGCACCUUCCUGACGUCUUCCCCUUUCCCUUCCCCGCCUGGCAUUGACCCCUCUCUGACGCAGCUCAUGCGAGUGGGCGGGGACAGUGUGUUUGUGGGCACGUGGCACGACCUGACAGAGAUGCUGAAGCAGGAGGAGGAGCUGUGGCGAGCCAAGGAGUUUGAAUGCUUCUCAAAGCAUACCCAGGAGCACCGUCCCCUCUCCCCCUCCCCUUCCCCGCUCCUGUCCCCCCGCCUGUCCGUCCCCCCCUCUCCUCUUCACAACCAGCUCAUGCGUGUGGGAGUGGACUGUGUGUUUGUAGAUACUUGGCGAGACCUCACAUUAAACCCGGGAGCAUCGUCCCUUUCCCCCUCUCCCCUCCCGUCCUCCCGUCCUCCCGUCCCCCUCCUUCCUAAUCAUCUCCGCUCUUCUGAACAGCUCAUGCGUGUGGGAGCAGACAGUGUGUUUGUGGGCACGUGGUACAACCUGACAGAGACGCAGCGGCAGGAGGAGCAGCUGCAGCCUUCCGAAUACAGUGUGUUUGUGGGCACGUGGCACGACCUGACAGAGACGCUGCGGCAGGAGGAGCAGCUGCGGAAGGCCAAAGAAGUGGCAGAGGCGGCGAGCGAGGCAAAGAGCAUCUUCCUGGCCAACAUGAGCCACGAGAUCCGCACCCCCAUGAACGGAGACAACCUGCUGCGAAUCAUCUCAGACGAGUUGGACCUCCGUGUGCCGUGUCUCUCACCCCUUCCCCUCUCCUCUCUCCUCAGGCGUGGAGUGGUGGGGGUGGCGGAGUUGCUACUAGACACGCCCCUCACAGCGGAGCAGCGCUCUUACCUGGACAUCAUCCGCACGUCAGGGGACAACCUGCUGCGAAUCAUCUCAGACGUGCUGGACCUCUCAAAGAUCGAGAGCCAGUCGCUGCCGCUAGAGGACGUGCCUUUCUGCCUCGCCACGUGCGUCAAAGAGUCUACUGCUCUUCUCUCCGUUGCUGCAGCAGACAAGGGCCUGCAGGGCCAGUCGCUGCCGCUAGAGGACGUGCCUUUCUGCCUCGCCACAUGUGUGAAAGAGGCCGCUGCCCUGCUGUCCGUUGCUGCUGCGGACAAGGGCCUGCAGCUGGACAGCCACAUUGACUCGGACGUGCCUUGCUUCAUUCGAGGAGAUCCAGGGAGGCUGCGGCAGAUCAUUCUGAACCUCGUGUCCAACGCGAUCAAGUUCACACAGACUGGGGAGGUGCGAGUAUCAAUUCGGCAGUCUACUGAGGAAGAGAUAGCGCAACUUUUGGUUGCAGGAGGAGCUGCUACUGCCGCCACUGCAGCAACACUUCCCGCUAAUUCCUUUCCCUCAUCUCUUGAUUGCCUCCCUUUGUUCCCUCUUGCUACGCAGCAGUGGGGAGACGCAUCCGACCGACUCUUCCGAGCCUUCAUGCAGGGGGACCCCUCCACCUCCCGCCGCUACGGUGGCACCGGGCUCGGACUUGCCAUCUCCAAAUCCCUCGUGAGCCUCAUGGGCGGCGACAUCCGUCUCAUUAGCACGGUCGGCGUCGGGUCGACGUUUUCGUUCACGAUUAAUGUCGCGGUGUCGUCGGCUGCGAGGUGUGCGCUUAAGGAAGACUCUUUGCUAAGAGACGGGAUGCUGCACCCGUUUGAGGGCAUGCCUGAAACCGGUAGCUGGUGCAGUGUGGGCAAACAGGGCGACAGAGAGGACGAGCUGUUUGCGACAACUUGCUACGAAGGUGGUGGGAGCAAGGGAGGAGACAACCGAACGGAUGGUUCCGCUAGGGAUGAACAGCAAGAGGAAAGGUGGCGAGGGGGGAUGGAAGAGAAAGUGGGACAGGAGGUGGAAGAAGAGCGGAGAGGGAAGGGAGAAGAGGAGAGGCGGCAGAGUGGGAUGGGGGAGGAGAGGAGGAGGAGGCAGGAAGAGGAGGAGAGGAGGCAGAGUGGGAUGGGGGAGGAGAGGAGGAGGAGGCAGGAAGAAGAGGAGAGGCGGCAGAGGGAGGUGGAGCGGGAGAGGAAGCAGCAGCGGCGGGGGCUGGCGUGUCUGAUAGCAGAGGACAACGCAGUCAACCAGAUGGUGAUUGAGAGGAUGCUCAGGAGCCUGGGGGUUGUCAGUGACGUUGCUUCCAACGGGGCUGAGGCAGUACGGGCAUGCGAGGGCAAGGAGUACGACGUGGUCUUCAUGAGUGAUGCUGGCAUUUUAUGA